CAACAAUGGCGGCGAAGGACCUUCUAGCAGUAAGAAGGAUUUUCAGAAGUCCAACUACACGGACACUCAGAACGAAGCUAAAGAUGUCGUCAACCUUCCAUCCCCAGACGGAUGGGCAGACAGAGCAGACGAAUCAUACUCUUGAGAAGAUGCUUCGUUCCUUCAUUGGCCCAACUCAUGAUGAUUGGGAUGACUUGUUACCUGUGGCUGAGUUCGCAGUGAACAAUUCUGUCCAUGAAGGUACCCAUGAAAAAGCCUUCAUUCUGAACUAUGGUCGGCAUCCCACAACACCUGCUACGCAUGGGAUCAGUGGACUGCGAGUCCCUGCCGCAAAAGACUUUGUGGGCAAGCAGCAAGAAGUGCUAAAGUGUGCUCGCCGCUGGCUGCAACUGUCUCCGCAGCGUCAAAUGUCUUAUGCCGACAUGAAACGCUGGGAAUUCUCUUUUGAGGUUGGAGACAAGGUAUUAUUGAGCACGACGAACAUUCGUCUCAAAAUCCCUGGGGCACGAAAGCUGUUCCCUCGAUGGAUUGGGCCGUUCAAGGUGAUCCAGCAUGUUGGUGUGGUAGCUUACAAGCUGAAGUUACCCGAUACAUUGCAGAUUCACAACGUCUUCCACGUGUCUCUGCUCAAUAAACUUACUCCCCAGUGACCACCAGUCAGAUCGAGAGGC